AUGUCGUCUUCAGAAGAAAUUAACAACGCUGCUGCUGUUGAAGUUAAAGCACCAUCGGUCUCUAGUUUACCAUCAUUUGCUGUAUCAAAGGAGGAAAAAUUAGUUGCUUUGGCUGUUGGUGAAAAUAUCUAUAUUUUGGAUGAAAGCCUUUCAACACAAUUAAUCCAUCAUAAAUUGGAAAAGUCAAGUGUAAAAGCAAUGCUUUUUGAAGGAAAAUAUUUCAUUGUUGCUGGAACUGAAGACAAAGUUGUUCAUGUUUUUGCUUUGGAAAAUAACAAUACUUCUUUAAAGUUGAUUGGUAAAAUUGAACUUAUCAAGAAGCCAAAUUGUAUUGCUAUUCAACCAACCAACAAGGAAUUGUGGAUUGGCGACAAGUUCGGAGAUGUUUAUAUUAUUGAUUUAUUGAAAGUUUUUGAUCUCAAUGCUACUACUCCAAAUAUCAUUAAGAAACCACCACCUAAAAUGGGUCAUCUUGCCAUGUUGACAGGUUUAAUUAUUGGAGACAAGUAUAUCAUUACUAGUGACAGAGAUGAAAAGAUUAGAGUUACAAAUUAUCCUGAAUAUUAUUUGGUUCAUAAUUUCUGUUUGGGACAUACUGAAAUGGUUUCUUGUAUUUGUUUGGCAACAGAAGAUUUGUUGGUUUCUGCCAGUACUGAUAGAACUAUCAAAGUUUGGAAGCACUUGAUUGAUGCUGAUGAAGCUCUCAAGUUCAGUUAUGAUUGUGGCGAAAACAACUAUCCAAAUGUAUUACAAUCAAUUACUAUUAAUGGAGUUACACUUAUUUUGGUUCUCUAUGAACAAGCUGAUUAUAUUCAAGUUUUGCAUUUAAAUACUGAAACAGCUACAUUAACACCUAAGUGCAAUAUUCAAUUGGGUAGUGAGAUUUUGAACUUCCAAGUUUUUACACAAGAAGGCAAGACUAAGAUUAAUUUAUUUACUUCUUCAUCUCCAAAUGUUCAUGUUGUGAAUGUUUCCCUUUCUGGUGAAGAAUUGAAAUAUGAAACAACUACUUCAUCUGUUCAAGUUUCAUUCAACAAGGAAGAUUUAGUUUUGGACAAUAUUUACUCUAGUUUAAUCCGUAAGAUUGAUCAAUCCUCAAAUAAGAAUGACAGCGAGGAAAAGCAAAGCAAAAAACAAAAGAAUAAAAAGUAAAUUAUCUCUUUGUUCUU